AUGGCGGAGAGGGCGGGCUUACAAGACUACGCACUAUUGGCAGACUUCCUGCGAUGGGGCCGUUGGGUCCGCUAUAGGGCGGGGCAAAGACACGGCAUUGUCUCGCAUAUCUCGCGUUUGUCUCGCGCCAAUGAGCGUAAUCAUCCGGCAGCCGCAAAACCUGAAGCUGAACACAUGGACCUCGAGAAGAUCAAUGCAAAGGAUGGCGUGGCUUACAUCCUUUCCUGUGUGAAGGGCCCGUUGGAGCAGAAACUGCUGUAUCAGAAGAGAAUGCUGCUGUCGAACUAUGAGAACAUUGCACAGCAAGGGCAUGUUGAAAGGGACUUGCAAAGCGUUGGCAUUAGUUCAGCUGCAAUGUACGAUGCGGAGUCGAGGGGAAACUGCAUCUUAGAGCGUUGUAAGUUGGACCCAUCAUUGCAGAGGCUUGUGUUGAUUGGCGCUCAGUGCAACCUUGACUUCGACAGCAUUGUUGAAAGCUUGCAGUUGCAGUUUCCGGACUUUCGGCCCACGCCAGCAGUGGACCCAGCAGAUGAGCCUUGUUCAGAGACGCUGCACGACAUCCCGGAGGAGGAAGCCCAUGAGGAAUUCUUCGAGAAAUUCUCUGGCCGUCGAUCCAUCGAGGAGCAGAAGCGGACCAGUGCACGUUCCGCCUGUGGUGCCAUAUGGGGCACUGGGCGGGUGACGCAGCCUGCAGUGCAUCAAUUUCAAUUUGGCGCAGGUGGGGCGCAGACAGCCGCAGAGCGCUGCUACAUGCCGGCCAGCUUUCGUGGCCAGGAGACCCAGGGAGUUCUUUUUGGUGUGAGCAUCCUUCCGUUACCGAUCCCGACUUUGUCACGGAUUGCCCUUUGUGUGAAGAACGAGAUUGCAGAGGAGCAACAUCGACGGGAGGAAAAUGCCAAUGAAGUUCCUCAGGACAGCAGUUCAAAGACCAACUGUUGGCCUUCUGAUGCCCUGCGCUUUGUUGCAGACCCACCGAAAGGUGUAAACCCAGCAGCACGUCGCAGCAUUGUUGAUCUCAUGCGAGACUCGCCCACUUUGCUAAAGCGAGCCUCCUUUGUGCCCUUGGAGGCAACUGGUGGCUUUGACUUUCUGAGAAAGGAUUGGGUAAAGGCAGUUCGCGUGAUUCGGGACAGCUCAGAGAGAUUGAAAGAUGACCUAUCCUCUUGGGCUCUUUUUGAAGAGAUCGAGAGGGUUGUUGAAGACGACCUCCGCAUAGAGGAAGUACAAAAGCUCUCACUCGACCAGGUCCUGGUCAUCGAUGGAGACCGGGCAAAAGAAGCUGACAUCGACACAUUGGAUGCAUAUAAGGGUAUGCUGCUGGAGUUCAAGCCUGAUGGAGGCAGUGCGGUGCCCAUAGCCAGGAUCAAGGCCCUGUCUGCAGAACCUUUUUUCGUGGGCCACAAGGAUGGAAAGUUGUUCCUGGCCUUCCUGCCGGGUCAGCUGGUGAUGAACAACAUCAGCGAAAAACUCGCAAAGGCGUUGCUGUGGAUUGCAGUGAAGAAGCUUUCACCUGAAGAUCAAGCACAGUUUCGGAAAAGCGACUACGGGUUCACAGACAAAGCAAGAACCUUCGUGGGCCAGCUACGGAUGGCGAUUCAAGAUCAGAGCCCGCAUGCCGUGGCGCCGGUGACUAGUCAGUUUGAGGAGGACAUGGUCGUUCCCAUGGAGCAGCUUGAAAAGCCACUUGGAGUCAAGCCCCACUUGGACAAUCUUGGCCCUGUUCACCGCGUGUAUACUCCUUCAACGGAUGAAGACUACUACGAAUCCUGGGGAAGUGGUGUAGAUGACUUGACAGAUGAACCUGAUCCAGAUGAAGGUGACAUUUCAGCCGUGGAGGACUUGCUGGAGCAUGCGGAGUAUGCGCAGCUUGCCAGCACUUCGCUGGAACUGGUGCUUGUCCGCCCAUCGGUGACUCCCUGCCUCAAGUUCAGAACGUUGCUGAAUUCAGUGCAGAGCCAACUGGACACAUUGCACGAAACGCUGCUGUCCCCAAACCUGCCAUACUACGUUGCCGAGAGUCGCAGCAAUUAUGAAGGCGUGUCGUCAUCACUGAUUUUGCAAAGUUCGCUGUACUUUGCGGCUAAGGCAGCUAAGGAUCCCAGAGACCUGGACAAGUUGAGCCGUUCACGCCCGAAGGAUUUCAAUUUCAGCACCCUCCCGGCUUUUGUCCCAGACAAGGAGGAACUUGGGCUGCCCUUUGACUUGUUGAUUCGACUCUUGGCUCCUGUCUCUUUGUUGGUGAAGUGGCUUCAAGAUGUUGAUGAUUGGAAAUACCCGAAUGGAAGUGCCGACGACGGGAGCAUUUGUGACAUUACCAUCAACGAAGUGGUUCGCAUCUGGCCCAAUGUGGCCAGAGCAGUGAGAGAUGGCGAGGGCGUGAUGAAAGCCUUUGCAUUGGUGGCCAUUGGCGGUUGCCACCACCUUGACCCAGACGUGGAAGUUGCUUGCACUUGGCAUGCAGCCAGCUUAGGUGGGAAGGCGCCCUUUGCGCAGAAGUGCUUGUUGCGAAGGCUUGCAAAGGCAACUGCGAAUGGUUGGCAAGGCCGCAGCGGGUUUGGCGAUGCAGCAUCAAAGAUGGCAGCGUCAACGGGCCCAGCAGUGAAGAUCCCCUUGAGCAGCACCUUGUAUGAGGGCGAGCAGGAUGACUUCCAGACGGUGAGCAUUACAAACGUGGAAGAGUUCGUAGUUUUUUGUAUAGUGUGCCAUUUGCAGCAGCUCGAGACGGGCCGGAUGGACUGCGGUAUGCUUGGAGUAUUUCUGAAAGAACUUGUGCGUCCAGCUCCAAAACUACAGAAAUAUGGCAAGUUGACGGCGCUGGUGCGUUCGCAUCCUGACAAACUGUGUCUUUGGGGGGCUGACGGGGCUCGCUUCGUCAGUUUGCGCAAUGGCCCGUGCCCCAGCUUACCUACAUUGGAUCAUGAGGCCCAGUCUGAUGAUCAGUUUCAAUCUGGUGAGCAGGACAUAGAUUUAGAAGAAGAAGAAGAAACAAUCAACCGAAGCUCAGAGGAACAAUCGCCGCGCACGUUGCUGUUCGAGCUGGCAAACAGAUAUUUGACGCGAAGACUUGGUGGCUACAAGGGAGCCUUGGGUACAGAGUCCUGCGAACAGGAUGCGAAUGUCCUGGCCCAGCGAUUCAGUAGAUCCGUGCAGGAUCAUGGAAUCUUGAUGCCAGAUGUGGUUCUGACUGAAAUCGACCAUGCUUGCAGCAUGCGGAAGAUCUCUGAGGAUGCUCAGCGACAAGCUGGAUUCAUUUUUUGGGUGUUCAUUUUUUAA